UCCUCUUUUUUUCCACACUCUCCAAACCCUAGCCCGCCUUUCGCUUUCCCCCAUUUCCCUCCUCCUCCACCUCCCACCUCUCUCUCUCUCUUGACAUUUGCUGACACGAUGAUUUUCCGCUAGUUUUGAAGGUUAUUUAAGUGAAAAGCUUGGAUUGGCGAUUUUUUUGUGGGAAAGAGAUAUUUUUAAUCAUGGGCAAAGUGUCUCCGGCCGAAAGGCAAUCGAAGAAUGGCAGGCAGAAAAGGCGAUUGAGGAAUGCCAAAAGCAAGUUUUUGAAGCCUGGAGCUCUUGCUCAGCUCCGGGACAGCAGGGCAUCCGGUUCAAAAUCUUGUACAGAUCUUGGGAAGAAAAGAGUUGCGCUUUUCGGUGGAAAGCCGACUGAUGGGGAAGCAUCCGAGCCUCAUCGGGACAAGAACACCGAGCAAAGCCCUAAUUUUUCAUCGCCUGUGAGGUUUCAAUUUGCUCCUGCACUUGGAGCAUCUGAUUUUUUCAAUCCAUAUAAUUUAGGGAACACUCCAAAAACCCCUCGAAUGGAGGACUCUGCCUCGGAGUCCAGGCUUGAAUCUCUCCCUAUUGAUUUACUGGUGAAAAUACUUUGCCACCUGCACCAUGACCAGCUCAGAGCAGUUUUCCAUGUCUCUCAGAAAAUCAGGAAAUCAGUUGUUAUAGCAAGGCAGUUCCACUUUAAUUACACUACUCCGGAUAGAUCGAGGCAAGAGAUGCUGAACACUAUGACUCCACUGCCAACCGAGCACUGGCCCUUUAUGGGCAGGGGAGGCGAAAAAGGGAUGCUGAUUGCAAGCCCGCACACGCCAAAGGCACCAAAGCAUGGCCCACGUCCACCCUCCCGUUUGAAGUUCACUGAGAUGCGGCAGGUAGCUGCUGUUCUCUUCCAAGAUUCAUCAUUCUCUUUGGUGCCAUCAGUCAUUCAGAAACCAAUAUGCAAGUCGUUGGCUUCCAACAGAGUCCUGUUCUACGAGGAUGAGUUGUGCCAGGCAGUGGCUCAGAACAAACUUCGUUGAAACACUGUUGUUUCUUCUCCUUCGUCUUCAUGUGUAUAGUAGCAUCUCCUGCUUUUCUGUGUAAUAGUAGCAAGAUAGAUAAGGGUUUAGGUUUGUAGUUAUGCUGAGUGCUGUGGCGUCAAGCUUAAGUAAUAGGAAUAGAAAGAAGUUUUUGGUGGAUUUCAGGCGAAUAAUAUAUUAUAGAGUCCGUUGUACAGAGCUGGAACCAACACGGCCGCUUUAUGAGAGCUAAACCCUUUGUGUGAAGGAAAAUAUUUCAGUUUUAAA